AUGUUUGGAGCUUCAUCUUUAGCAACAGGCCUUCCUGAUCGCCAGGACGAGGAGAAGCUGGUUUUCAGCCAGCCGCGAGCACGUGGUCAGCGCUACCCGCUCUACAGCCGGACGUGGAACAGAAGCAGGGAGGACUUGGAGACUGCCGUGAUGCAGCUCUAUGGUUUGGACAGCAGGACAAAUCACGCCCUUAUUCUCCCUUCUGGCAUGGGGGCCAUUGGGGCGUUGAUUUCCUCUGUUGCUGCUGGCCUGGCUGGCGAAACCUGGACCCUGGUCCAUGGGGACGAGCUGUACUGCGAGGCAGGCAAACGGAGAGUGCCAAGGUUGGAGGGCUUGAACACAUUCUUGAGUCUGCCUGCCACGCGGGUCUACCGUGCAAGUCCUUCCUGA